AUGGCCACGUCCCCGGCCUCGAUGUCGACUCUUCCGUCCGAGAUCCUAUCGCUCAUCAUCGGGCUCGCUGAACCUGCUACACUCGCCGUACUCUGCCUCCUCUCCAAACACUUCAACGAACAAAUCACGCCACUCCUCUACCGCAACCUCGUGAUCACGCGCGUCAAUGUAGACCGGCUGUUCCAUGGCCUACCACGUGCCACCAAAAGGAAGCCCCGAUUCGAGAACACCAGCAAGGCUGAGUACUUGGAACAACUGGAGCAAAUUAAGCGGGAGCAUGGUGAGGUGUUUGCUUCCCUCGAGCAGGGGGCGGGAUCUGGCGAUUGGGGCGACAAUGAUCCAUUUCUUCAAGACGCUGAGAGUGAUCCCGAGACAGAUGACGAGCUGGCCACCCAGGGCGACGAGCACUCGCAGCUCGCUGUCAACACUAGCGAGGACAUGUGGAACCGCCGCCUCGCACUGUUCCGCCACACCCGCUCCAUCACCUUUGUGCAGGUGCCAUCCGAGGCGUUGGUCAAUGACCUGGCCAUGAAGCUCCACAUCCUGCCGGACGAAUGCCUCCAGGAACACCAGGGACACCGGCAGUACCCGGGCAGCUGCGGCAAAUAUUGCCAAGUCCGUCGGAAAGUCUAUCCUAAUUACGGGUUCGACGACGACUCGUGGAUUGACGAAAAUGGAGACAGUAGUGAGGAAGAACUAGAAAGUGGAGAGACCGACGGAGCAAAGGCCGACCGGGGCGUCGCUGGCUGGGAUGCCCCCGACUGGGACGACCCCGACAACGGAACAGUUGACGACGAGAGCCGUGCCCAUUCCCUCUUUCCCGCACUCACGCACAUCUGCUUCUCAUCGCGGGUCGCGGCUUAUCUACUCAACUACCUCCAUCGUAACUCCUGGGACGAGCGGGGCAUCCACCGGCUUGGAUGGUUCGGCGACGUCAGGAUCACGAUUCCAUUGUUCAUGUAUGUUGUCCGGUCACCCGAGUUCGCGAACGCCAAGAAGGCAUGCUUCUCCCUUCCUCCGCCUCCCCGAUACGAGGACUUUGCGACUUAUGCCGCCCGCUGGGCGCUGCAGAAUAUCGGAUCAGCACCUUUCAAAGGCUUCGAAGACCUGACGGUCGCUGAGCUCAUCGAGCUCUCCGGCGAUGUCAUGGUCGAGGGUCGGUCAGAUAUGCAUUAUGCCCGCCUGUACGCGAUCGCCCAGUGCAUGUUCGCUCAGCGAGUGACAAUGCACAACAUUCCUUACGGCCCGAUUAUCCUUCUCACCGACUCCACCAUGCUAGAUGGCCCCUCGGCAGACCCAUACGAGGAGCGCACCUUCUUCUUGAGCGAGGACGAGACAUUCUGCAGGGAUACGGAAGAGCUCGCACAGCGCAUCAACCGCAUCGUCGGUCUGCCCUCCGCGGACCAGAAGCGUUUUGUAAAGCGCGUCCUCGCCGAUCAGCAGUACUACGCACCGGUGCGACCUCCAGGAUUCGUGCCACCCUCUCCCAGGCAGUACGCCGCCGUCGCCGCCGCGAGGAAGGAGCGGGACGCCACUAGGACCGCAUACCGUGAAUUUCCCUCGAUGAUGGACGCGGUGCAACUGCCCGUCAGCCAGGAGUUCAUUGCGCAAGUCAAAGAGAAGGCGCCGCACCUCCUUCCCAAGUUCGACUCGUUCGUGGAGGCGAAUUCCGUCGACAUGGACUCGCUGCUCCACGAGGCCGAACGACUCCACGCUGGGCUGGAGGCUGCAGGUGUGCUUGAGCUUUCUCCACUUCUCAAGGCCCGAGAGGCCGCUUUCUUUGCCAAGAAGAAACAAAUGGCGGAUGACGAGUACACCGCGCUCGCUCACUUACGCAAGCUAAAGAAGGGACUCCAACGGCAGCUCGCCAUCGACGGUUACCCGCGCAUCGAAGAAAGUAUGCAGUUCUCGACAUACGACGAGGCGGACCCGUGUGAGGUCUGUGGUGAGAAAAGGGGUGAGGAGCGUAGUCUGCGUGACUUGAUCACGUGGGCGAGGGGCAUUCGGCAUUAG